GCAGAAACAACAAGCCCGGAGAAAGAAGGAGGCGAAGCGGCGGCCGGACGGAUGGCGGAGGCGGUCAAGCCCCGCAGCCGGAGCAAAAGCACCCGGGUCAGAGCGAAGGAAAAAAAGAAGAAGAGCGAAGAGAAAGAGAGCGAGACAAGCAAAUCGUCUUUGUGCAAAAAGAUUGACGAAGAGGUUUUGCGGGAGAACAGCACGCCCGAAGGACUCGUUUCGGAAUCCAGGCCCUGCCCUCAAGCCGCCCGGAAGGAAACCGGGAACAAGGCCCCCAAAGUGCCACCAAGUGUGCUCACUCCUGAAAAUGAAGUACCUCCGGCAGUUCCCCAAACUCAACCUCCCCUGGGUGCAAAAAAUUUGCAGGCGGAGAAAGACGCGGCAACGGCAGAUGGGCGGGAUCUCGAGGAAGGAGCAGUUAACAGCAAGAGAACUGGUGACUCGUCGGAAAAAAACAUUCCACCCAUGGAAAGUGCACCCUGUAGUAGCCCUAUGGAGCAUCCGGUUGCUCCUACCUCCGAAAAGAUCCAUGCCCUCGUCUUAGUUCCUGAAAUGGGAGUGAAAACACCCAUGGAGACCCCCGUCUUUAAAAAGCUGUACCCCGAAAUCUCGAUGUUGUUAUCUGAAGGACUGCCGGAUUUUACUUUCCGGUUGCCGCAUCGUACGGAGAGAUUGUAUCCUGAACUUCCAGUAGAUCCCGAACCGAUUCCUUUUACCAAAGAGCAGCUGAAGGUUUUCGAGCCCUGUUCCUGGCUGGGGAACGUCGAGGCUUAUGUGGAGGAAUUCAGCAGCAGGGCCUACCAGGACCGGCAUGAGUUUUAUGAGCUGGUGUUGAAUUACUGCCGGUGUCGGAAACAGCUGUUGCUAGCUGAAGCCAAAUUGCAAAGCCUUUACCUGGAUUGCGAAAGCGUCAAAGAGCGCCUGUGGACUUUCAGGGAUAAACAGCAGAGUGCCCAGGGUGUCUGUGCCGACCAGUGCAAAGUGUCCGGCUUCCACCGAUACCAAACGGUUGAGUUGAACGAAGGCGCUUUGGGAGAACUGAAGAAGCUCUUCGAUGCCCAGACUGAACACCUGCACCAGAUCCUCGCUCUGCACUUGUACACCUCGGUGUUGUCCCGCUUGCAAGUAGAAUCUUACCUCUACAACCUGCUGAGGGGCUCUCCCUUGCUAAGGUCGGUGGUACUUCAGCAGCAGGAGUCGGCAGCUCUGAAGACAGUGGAGUCCCCUUCCUCAGAUUUGGGGUCCUUGAAAGACUGCAUCAGCGUCCUCUUCAGCUUCACCCGUCGAGUCACUGAAGAUCCCCAGUUCCACAGUGAUGUUCUUUUGUGGCUUCGGAGGCUGGUCUCCAUCUUGCAAAGGGUUGCUUCUCCAGGAGACCACCUUUUCCUCUUAAACCACGUCCUCCGGUGUCCAGCCGGUGUCAGCAAAUGGGCUGCUCCGUUUGUUCAGAUCCAGAUUCUGGGCAAUCCGUCUGGUGUCUUUCACUUCAUGCAGGCCCUCGCUUUGCUCAUGUCUCCUGCCAAAAAUCGAGCGGAAUUCAUGUGCCAUAUGAAGCCGAGCGAACGAAGGUCUUCGUCCUCAGGGGCGGAAUCUGGAAACUGGACUUUAGUGGACGAAGGUGGAGAAGAGGAUGAAGAUCCUGAAUCUAGCUGGGUUCUUCUUCUGGAAGAUGACUUGGUGGCCCUUUUGUCUCAGUUCCCCUUCCACGAACUCUUCCAGCACAUGCUUGGCUUCGAUGCUGAAGGCAGCUACGCCUCCGAGAAGACAACUUCCCAAGAGAUGAUGAAGAUACUUACCUUUGCUAAUUCUGUGGUGAAUCUCCUUGCUGUGGGGCUGGAAACCUUCAACCGAGCCCGUUACAGACAGUUUGUGAAACGGAUCGGCCAUCUCAUCAGGAUGACCCUGUGCUACGUGAGUGAUCACUGGGCCCAGUUUGUCAGCCGGGCCAAGGAGGGUGGCUCUGUGAUGCAGCCGUAUUCCUUGAAGAAGCUGCAAGUGGAAUUCGAUGAGUUUUUCCUGAGGGCUAUACUCCAUGUCCUGAAAGCAAAAAGACUAGGAGUCUGGCUCUUCAUGUCUGAGAUGCCUUACGGGACAGUGUCCAGCGACAUGCUUUGGAAGCUCUUCUCCAUCAUGCACUGUGAUGAAAGCGAAGAUCUGGAGAAGUUCAGUUCCACCAUGCAGCUGGCUGAGUGCAAGCAGAAACUCAAAGAUCCGGCCAACCUGGAGACCUUCGAGCGCUACCUACAAUCAAUGAACAGCUCCGAGGAGAUCUGCCUGCUGACCACCUUCGCCCAGAUGGCCCAGACCAAACGGGAGGACGUUGAUGAGGACUUCGUGAAAGUGGUGGUGCUGGAGAUCUACGAGGUAUCUUAUGUCAGCCUUUCCACCCGAGAAACUUUUUCCAAAGUUGGCCGAGAGCUCCUGGCUGCUAUAACGGCUGUCCACACAAAUAUGAUUUCUGUCCUGCUGGAUCGAGUCAGGGAGACCAUUGAAAGUGUCGGCAUGGUGACUCUCUAUUUGUUUAAAGAGCUGCCAAUGCUUCUCUGGGAACCAUCGGCUUCCGAGGUCGCCUUGAUCCGUGACUGGCUUCUGAAUCACAGUCUGACCGAAGUCGAAAACAAACUCGCUUGCAUCAUCCUGGAAGAGAUGAACUGGGGCCCCGGCGACCAACACGGUCACCUUCACAUCAGCCCAGCCGUCCACGCGGAGGUUGCGUUGAUGAUCUUGGAAGCUUACCAGAAGUAUCUCCCCCAGAAGCCAUACAGCGGACUCCUCUCGGAGAGCUUCAAGCAGGUCUCCUAUCUGGCCAGCAUUGUCCGUUAUGGCGAGACCGCAGAAAGCUCCUUUAAUCAGUGGGCCUGGGGGAUGAUUUUGAGAUUAAAGCUGCACAUGAACGAUUACGGCGUGCAGGGACACUGGGCUCCAGCACCCAUACCUGACUUGACCGAUUCACCCACCUUUCACCCGCUGUUGAAGGCGGUCAGAUCUAGCCUCCCAAUUGGCUGCUACCUUGCCUUGGCUAUGUCCUCUGUUGGCCACAGCAUUGAGAAGUUCUGUGCUGAAGGGAUCCCUUAUUUGGGCAUUCUGGUUCAGUCGCGACAUUUGAGGACCGUGGUUCACGUCCUGGAUAAAGUGUUGCUUCUGUUCUACCCGUGCCAUUAUUACCUUCUCAAGAACGAAAAGUUUCUCUCCUUCUUCCACCAGUUCCUUCAGCUGGACAGCGGCGUUCCUCAAGGGAUGACUCAGCAGAUGACCCAUCGAGUGACUCAACACUUGACCGGCACGAGUUACGGCAAAAACAUUAAGCUGUUGAACUCCAUGAUUCAGAGCCACAUUUUUAUGAGCAGCCACCCAAGCGGAAUUGGCCCGGCUGCCGUGUUAGAAUUCUGGGUUCAGGUCCUGACCAGCCAACAGCUUUGGCACAAGGAGAGAGCUGUCCUCGAACUGAUGGAUGGUUUGUGCCAAGCCGCCUUUCAGUUCAACCAAGAGGAUUGCGUGCAGAAAUUGCUCUAUCACCAGCACAAGAAUGCUCUGGGCUAUCACAGUGACAAAGGGCUGCUGUCUUCCUUGGUCAGCUGGAUUGUGGCAGGCAACAUCACACCUUCCUUCAUCGAGGGAAAUGCUAAUUCCAUGCAGGUUUGGUUUGCCUGGAGUGUCCUGAAUAUGGAGUCCAUAUUUGAAGAGGAUUCUCAGCUCCGUAGAGUUGUAGUGAGGGAGUUGGUUACCAAUUCCGUUUCACCAGACCAGGCUCUGAAGAAAGCUCAGGCCCAUCUGAAGCUGCCGAUCGUGCCUUCUCUCCAGCGGCUGCUGAUUUACCGAUGGGCUCACCAAGCCCUAAGCACUCCAGUGGAUCACCCUCUCCUUCCUCUUAUUUGCCAAAAGUUCUUCCUUCUCUAUUUGCAGCGCCCGGGAUUGCAGGAUGGGCUACCCAAAGACGGCUGCAUCGGGAAGAAGUUUUUCCAGAGCCCUGCUCACCUCAGCCUGUUGAACGACCUGAAACAGCAUCUGAUUGAGGCCACUGACUUCCACCAUUCAGCUAGCAAAAUGCUCCAGUUGGACAGCCCAGCCGGUGGAAGCGAAAAACCAACAGCGAAAGGCUUCAGCAAGGCCAAUUAUGUGACUUUCCUAGAGCUUCACAAGAACCUGGUCAGGCUUUUUUCCACCUUUGUUCUGUGGCUGGAAGAAGAAAGGUUUCAGAAAGGAGACACCUAUAUUCCCUCUUUGUCCAAGCAAUACGAUGGGCAUCGGCUUGCCAAGAUCAUGCAGAACCAGCAGGAUCUCUGGAUGGAAUUUGUCAACGUUCAGCAGAUUCAGUGUGAAUUCCAGGAAGCCUUAGACCUCUGGUUCCAAGUCAGAGUGGGACCCCUUCCUGCCUCCAGUGCUUCUCCAGUGCAGACAGACUUUACGGAUCCUUUGUUAGCUAAGGAGAGGAUUAUCAGCAGCUUGAAGAAGUACGAUGCGCCCCACUCCCCUCUGUCUCUUCAGCCAAUGAAAGCUCCUGUGCCUGUCAUUUCUCCAGCUAGCUUGGUAAACCAGCACGAAGCCAAACAAUUGACUUGCACUAACCUCAGGACCUUUCAACAGCAUGCCAGACUGGCAGCACUUCGGGAAUCCCAGCAAGUGGCUUUCAGUAGCGAAAUCCUGGACACUCUGCCAAAACUUUAUACCAACCGAGAAGAACACGUUACUCUUCACCUGGAAUGUCGGGGUGGAUCUGGUAAAAGUUGCCACGGAGCGGCUCAUGUAACAAUCCAGUUCGAGGGCAAACACAAAAAUGAAGCCGUCAACCAGCACCUGCACAUUUUGGAGAAAGAAAUGAAGCACCUGCAGGCAGAAGCUGCUCAGAUGCCUCCUCUGACUGUUGUAGGAGCCGCGGUCUACGUGGAGAACUUCAUAACAGGUUUAAUAAAUAUCUAUAAGCUUCAGCCUACACCAAGGAUUCAACGAAUUGGCAUCAGUCUGUUCUUUGCGGUGGUGGAAUAUGUCUGCGAUGAAACGCAGCGUCACCCCCCAUCCAGACAGUUCUUCACUUCCUGUAUCGAGGUCCUUGGCCAGGUGUUCAUUGCCGGGACCAAGUCCGAAUGUCAGCGGGUUCUACAAACCAUUCUGAAGAACCGAAGACUUUGCACAUUGCUGUCUCCUUACUUCACUCCUGUUGCCUCUCCGGAGGAAUUUGUCAACUUGUACGAGAAAGUUGUGGCUUUCCUGGGUGAUGACAACGGCGAUGUCAUUUUCAUGCUGCUGACAAAGUUUGACCUCCUGGAAUGGUUGCAGAGUUCAAAACCCACCCUUUCGGAGCGUGGCCAGCUCUUGGAGUCCAUCCACGUGGGACUCAAGACCUGUGGCUUUGAGCCUGAGAAGGACGUCUUAAUGCCUUUUUCCAUCUUCUGCAAACACGGGGUUUGCCUCCUCCAGUAUCAGUUUCCUGACCACUACAGUAGUUUUUUGAGGCUCCUUCUUCAAAGUUCUUCAGAUCGGCUCCUGAGCCCUGACUGUUGGAAAGCAUCUCUUAAAGCUUUGGGCUGCCCUACUUCCACCACAGCAAAAGAAAACAGUAGGAAAUCGAUGGCUAACUCAAGCAUCCCAAUGCAGCCUUCAACGGAGCCAAUUUUAUCACCUGAACAGGUCACGGAGACCAUCGAGUGGAUUUCCGACUACUUCCUCAAACUCCGGUUGUCCUCUCAAGACUAUCAAAGUUUUGGAUUAUUUUCCAAGUGGGCCCCUUACAUCCCUCACGUCCGAUGUCUCAUGCAGUAUCUGAUCCACCGUCUAAUUGACUCAAGAAUGGAGACCUUAUCGCGGGAGCCCGUAGGCAGCAACAGGGUAUUUGAAGCUUUGCAUUCUCUGUUUUUAACUACCAUUCAACUCUUCAAGCCAUGGCUUGAGGUUUUAGAGGGGGAAGACACAAGCAAUCAGCGUUGCUAUCCAUGGCUGGAAAGUGACUCCUCCAUUGCAUCAACUAUGGUGGAAUUGUUUGCGUCCAGCGUAGCUGUUUUACACAAAGGUUUUAAAGAUAAGGUGCUGCCAAGCGACCCCGGAAUCCUUUGGCUUCUUGUGAUGCACUACUCUGAGUCGUACACGGCGCCCAAAAUGCCGGAGCACAUUCUUCACAUAUUCCAUACGGAAUGGGGCCGCCUGCCCUGGAAGGAGGUUCAUCCGGAUCAGCACCUCAUGGAGAAAUUCUUUAAGGUAGAAAGAGGCAGCCCCAAGAGUUGUUUCCUGUUCCUGGGCUCAGUGCUGUGUGAGGUCAACUGGGUCAGUGUCCUUGCUGACGCCUGGGCCCACCCCCUCCCGGACACCCACAGCCUGAUUGUGUGCCUGCUUUAUAUGGUGAUCCUGCUGGCCAAAGAGGAAGAGCUGAUCACCAAAGAGCAAUCUCCGCUGCUCAACCUCCUGGGCCAGACCAGCUCCCUUCCCUGGCAGCACAUCAACAUUGUGUCCUAUCGGAGCAUCCUGGGUUACUUCAAUAGCCACUACCCUCCCGCCAUCCUUCUGGCCAAGGAACCGGCCGCUGAACUGGUGGUGAAACUCUUGAAGGUGUCUGCCGGCUUCAGCACCUCACUGGACAGCAGCGGGCACCUUGAUGCCAGCCUCAAGUGCCAAGCCUUCAUUCGGCAGUUUGUCCGCUUCCUUGGUCUUCUGGAACAAAGUGGGACGAUUUCUCCAGCAGCCCUGGAGCAGGAAUUCUCAAAACUGCUGGAUGAUAUUGCCAUCUUCAAUCCCCCAGACGCCGAUGUCCAGGUUCGCCAUGUGUCCUUAACCAGCCUCUUUGCCGAAGCCCUGAUGGUGAUCAACAACGCCAGUGCCGCCUCGGCAGAAUCCCUCCUGGUUUGCCUGUGCCGCUGGGUUGACGGCACAAUGCGUGGCUUAGGGGUGAUGCCCCUCUUAAGAGCCUCUUGUCAGAGUUUGGCCUCUGUCCAACACAUGGCCAUGACGAUGGAGGCCUGUGUCACUGCCUACUUUAACGAAGACCCUCCUCUCAACCAAGAUUUGGGCUGGGGACCAAUCGUGGCCUCCUUGCAGGUUCCAGAACUCGCAGCCGAAGACUUCCUCCAAGAGUCCCUUUCGUUGGGCGGCUACCUAACCCUGUAUGUUUACACCCUGCAGCAGCUGAACGCUGAGCGGACACUAACCAACGAAAUGGGAGUGCUCUUAACUCUAAGCAAGUGGUUGGAACAGGUGUAUCCCAGCUCUGCCAAGGAUGAAGCUAAGCUGUUCCUUUGGUGGCACAAAAUCCUGCAGCUCUGCCUGCUCCAAACCGAACAGGAAGAUCCCAUCUUGAUGGAAUCGGUCAUCCGGGUCUUGACAGCUCUGCAAGGCCGGCAGAGUCUGCUGGCCGAAGAGAGGCUCACCUCUGGACUCCUCGGCGCUAUUGGGCUGGGCAGGAGGUCUCCUUUAUCAAACAGGUUCCGUGUCCUUGCCCGGAGCAUGUCAACUUUCCUGCUGGUGCAGGUUCCGGUAGAGAAUCAAAUUCGGCUGAGAUCUAGCCUGGAAUUGCAAUUGUCUUCAAAAGCUCAACAGGCUCUCAACGCUCUGGACUCUCUGGCGUCAAACAAACAAUACGCGGACUACCAAGGACAGAUCCUCCAAGCAUCCCAGUUCAUCAAAGACUCUCACCAUUGCCUACACGACGGGACUCACCUUCUGGCUAUCCUCCUCAACACUUUGUACGCGGAAGUGCGUUACUUGGACGCGAUACGAUAACGGGAAGCAAGCCGGGAGGUUGCUUCUCGCUCUAAUCAUGGAUUAUGUUCAGUUUACAGUCGGAGAUAAUGUUGCACAAGGGAUUGGCAUACCCGGAGGUAUGUUUUGCUGGCCGUGGGAGACGAAAGGAAGGAUGGAGAAAGGAAGGAUGGGAGGGAAAGUUUGAAUUCCCGUUGCCGUACUUUGAAAGCGAUUGGGAAGCCCUUGGCUUCCUUCCAGAAGGCCAACCACGGGCCGUUUCCUUGGGAUCUGUUCAGGAAGAGCCACUUUUGGUGCGUCAAGGAAUUAGCUUUGUUUAAAGACCAACAGUGUCCAUUUUCUAUUUUGACUGCCUUUUUGUUCACACUUUUUCAAACUUGUGCCAUCUUCUUCUUCGUCGCUUUCUUCUUCUUCUUUUUUUUUUUUUGAAUGUGGAUCUGUUUCCAUCUCAAAAUGCUGAAUGGUCCUUUGACUUCCUGCUCUCCUUAAUUGGUUUCCGCCUCUUCCCCAGAAGUGGGGAUGUUAAAAAUAGGUUCCGUCUGUGAAUUAAACUGGAGACUAUUUUUUUUGGGGGGGGGGCUGUCUACAAUGCUGGAUUUAUCUGUGGAAGGGAUAUUAAGGAGGGAGAUCCUCGUGUGAAGUUUGCACAAUUGAUUCUACUUGGAAUAAAUCACUCGUUUUCCCGAUGA